ACGCUUAACUCAAGCCAUUUUACAACGAGCCAAAAGGUGGCGGUAUUCGUUUCAGCUGUUAGCAGAAAACUGUUAAAAGUAACGUCUUUUUUUGUGCAACGUUGACUGUAUACGACAGACAAGGUAUUUUCACAGUUUAAAUUUUAUUUCAGUUUAUUUCCUUCAUUAAGUCGCUCAACCUUUGAUUUUUUUUAAUGUAUUUUAUUGAAAUAUUUAGAACGAGUUUGCUUGGUUGCAACGGUUAACUUUAAAAACCCCGACAGGCCUCUCGCCUCGUAUUUAUGAAGUAAAGAGCCAGAAAUGUAAAGAAAAGUAAAACGAAGGAGCAUAAUGAUAAGGUGUUUGCCAGCGGAGGUUCGGGGGAAACUUCGCUCCGGUGUGGCCAUCCCGUCCCUCCAGCAGUGCGUGGAGGAGCUCGUUUUAAAUGGCAUCGAUGCUGGAGCCACCUGUGUGGGGGUCAGGAUGGACAUGGAGGCGUUUAAAGUCCAGGUGAUCGACAAUGGAUCUGGGAUGACCGCUGAGGACAUGGAGCGAGUGGGAACCAGAUACCACACAAGUAAAUGCAGCUGUAUUGAAGACCUAGAGAACCUGAAAUGUUAUGGCUUCAGAGGAGAAGCGUUGGCGAGCAUAGUUUCUUUAGCUACGCUUGUUGAAAUCUCCUCCCGGACCAGACUGUCAGUGAAAACCCAUGUUAAACUGUUCAAGGACGGACAGGGCAUGGACGUCUUCGAAGCAGAGGCGGCUCGACCCUCCGCAGGAACGACUGUUAUCAUCUGCAACUUCUUCCACAACAUGCCAGUCCGGAGGAAGAGAGUGGAUGCAGUCCUGGAGGUUGAGAGGAUCAGACAAAGAGUGGAGGCUGUGUCCCUGAUGCAUCCUUCUGUGUCCUUCACCCUGAAGAAUGACUGCACAGGGGCCAUGAUGGUGCAGCUUCCCAAAGCCAGAGACACCUACCACCGCUUUGUGCAGAUACACAACCUGGCUCGGGCAGAGAAACUGGGAGAGAUCAGCCACACACACAAGCAGUUUGAGGUGACUGGCUAUCUAGGCAAAGAGGGACACUACAACAACAGCCUGCAGUAUCUGUACGUGAACGACAGGCUUCUGCUGAAAACACGGAUCCACAAGCUGCUAAACUGUCUCCUCCGCAGGCUGAGCAGCUCAAACCAGAAGCACGACAGCCCAGACAGGACAUCUGUGACCCGGAGUCCAAAGCUUAAGCGAAACCAGGAUCAAUAUGGAGUCUAUGUCAUCAAUAUAAAAUGUUCUUACUCUGAGUAUGAUAUUUGUCUUGAGCCAGCAAAAACUCUGGUGGAGUUCAAAGACUGGGAUGGGGUUUUGCUUUGCGUAGAAGAAGCAGUGAAGGCUUUUCUGAGGAGGGAGAACUUGGUCUCUCUCUUUUCUCAAGAGGACUUGGACUGUGUGUCCCCUAAGGUUUUUAGUACUGAAAGAACAGAUCAAAAAGUGGAAACUGAGACAGCUGGCCAAGGAGCUGUUGGCACUUCCACGCUGGACUGCAGCGUUGGAACGAAAGUGGCAUCUAAUUUUGUUCAUCGUAGGAGAGCAGAUGACAGCGUUUGCCUAGAGUCAGACCUGAUUGAGAGCAGAGCUGAUGAAGCUCAACGAUAUGAACAGAUGGAGAUUGCUUUCAGUGAAUGCAAGGAGACACCACAACGUGAUCUGCAGCCUGCAUCAACUGAUAUAAACAAAGGCGAGCUAGCAUUCACCGAAGCCCCUGACAAUUUAGACAAAGAAAAGAGACAAGACUGUGCAGAGGAAGAAACCCAGCAGAGCACUAGUGAUUCGCAUUUACCCAUCAGCCAAAUUUCAGUGUCUCAGCUCGAUUUGAACUUUAAUAAACAAAUAUUGCAGCGUCCUGGCAGAAAGAUUAGAUUGUCUGACCCAUAUGUUCACCAAAGUCUCUCGAUUGAAAAUGUAUCUCACGGUGACAAGCCUUUGUUUCAGGUUCAAGAUUUGGGGCAGAAUUGUAAGGAGAAAUUAACUGCAUCAAAGCAUAAAAUGACACUUGAAUCAAACCGAGACUUUGCUGCUUUCGUCCCCUCAAAGAUUCCCAGAGUUAUUCCUGUUGAGAAGUUAGCAACAUUCAAGCAGCCUGGAUCGCUUGAUAAGUUUAGACAAACAUACAAUAAGUCUGUUAAGAUGAAAUUUCAGCAUCCUCAGCCACAGAAUGACACUCAUGUAUUCCAGACAUCAAGCUUUGCUAAAAAUCCUCACAGUUUGUCUGCUUUUGAAGAAAAUAAUCAAGAUCAAGUUUCAGACUCUCGAGAAGAAGGGAAAGCACAGACCAUCUCCCUAAACCCAGCAACACUCACAGCUAAUCACAGGAAAAGUAAAAUAUCUUUGGCAGCUAAACUUUGUCACUUAAAACGGCAUAUGACAGAAGAUGAAGAACCCUUUCAGCACAUUCAUGGGAAUAUUUCAGAGGGCAAAAACAGUCUCACUUUAUCUACAGAUGACACGCAGUACAGGCUCAGCAGUCUGAGUCCACAGAACCACAAAGUUCCCGUUGACCCUUCAUCGGACAGCAGGUGUAAACAACUGGCUGGUGAUGAGGGUGACUCGGGAAGUAAUGACUGGCUCCAUCAUUACGAUGCAUCUGUUGGAAAAACUGUUUAUAUCAACAAAAAGACUGGGCUCAGCAGAUACGAGGAGCCAGCUUCAGAGGAAACACAAGUACCUUGUACAUCUGAUGUCUCCAACAUGGCUGUUAGUGUCAUCUCUGAGAUGGGUGUGGAAUACAUGUGUUACCCAUUUCAGCUGGAUUUAGUGUUGCCUUUCCUGCCUACAUCCGGGCAAGGAAGAGUGAUUAGCUCAGGGACUGACUGUAGAGACGAUGCCGAUCAGAGCGCCAACUCUCUUUCUGCAUUGUACUCUAAAUGGAAAAAUCCAGUGUUUGUCCGCCCACCUACAGUUGGUGUGGAUAUAUCCAGCGGACAAGCUGAUGGACUAGCUGUGAAGAUCCAUAACAUCCUCUUCCCGUACCGCUUUUCUAAGAAUAUGAUCCACUCAAUGAAGGUUGUUAAUCAAGUGGAUAAAAAGUUUCUUGCCUGCCUCAUUAAUGCAAGAGAAGGAGGUUCAGCAACGCAGACUGAAAAUGAAGGAAAUCUUCUGGUGUUGGUGGAUCAACAUGCAGCACAUGAGAGAGUUCGGCUUGAAAAUUUAGUUGCAGAUUCAUAUGAAGAUGACCCAGAUGCCAGUGGGAAGAAACGUCUUUGUUCAUCAACAAUUUUGCCACCUUUGGGGAUCAGUGUGACGAAAGAGGAGCUCAGGCUGCUUAGGUCUUCUCAGCCACAGUGGAGGAAUUUGGGCCUUGAAGUUACUUUCUCAAAGACAGGAGCUCCGCAGGUGUUUGUGGGAAAGGUACCACUGUGCUUCAUGGAGAAAGAGAGUAAUGAGCUCAGGCGGGGCAGACCGUCUGUCAUCAAGCCAGUUGUUGAGGAGUAUCUUCGAGAGCAGACUGAGUUGCUCCGUCUAACAGGCAGAGUCGGAGGAACUUUGCCCCUCACUGUUUUGAAAGUACUUGCCUCACUGGCAUGCCAUGGUGCCAUCAAGUUUAAUGACACUCUGAGCCGGGACGAGUGCUGCAGCCUGGUCGCAUCCUUGUCUUCGUGCCAGCUGCCCUUCCAGUGCGCCCACGGCCGUCCCUCCAUUGUUCCGCUAGUAGACAUCCUUCAUCUGGACAAGGACCAGAAGGAUUUCCAGAAACCCAACCUGCAGAAGCUAAGAAGAAUGUAUAGAGCAUGGGAGCUAUAUGGAGAUAAAUAAAAAAAAAAGACGCCUGAUAUGGAUGCAGUCUCUCCAACCUUGCGGACAGAGUCUCCUGUCGG